AUGAUGAUGAUAAUGAGAUUAACUUUACAAAUUUGUAGAAUAGUUUUAAAAGAAAAGAAGGGAAGGUUUUCGACCAUGACAACAAUCAUUGAAAAGUCUGUAUCAUUGGCUCAAAGCUUUAUCAAUGGUCCAAAUAGAAAUAUAGGUAUUAUUACCCUAUCGUUACUUGUAGGAUUGGCUAUCACACUAUAUUCUAGAAAGAGAUAUCAGGUGAAAGAUAAGAUUGCUUUGGUUACUGGUGCUUCAAGUGGAAUAGGAUUAUCAAUUGCAACAGAAUUGGCUAAAAAGGGAUGUAAAGUUGGAUUGAUUGCUAGAUCAGAGGAUAAACUGAAAAAGGUGAGCGAUGCAUUAAACAAACAAGGUUACCAAACAUUUUAUAUACCAUGUGAUAUGGGACAACCAGAUCAAGUAAAACAACUACCAGACCGAUUAAAACAAAUCAUUGGAGAUGCAUUUGUUGACAUUAUCGUCAAUAAUGCUGGAUCAGGUGCUUGGAAAUUUAUUGAAGAUACUUCUUAUCAAGAAUGUCAAGAUAUGAUGGCAUUACCAUACUUUGCAGCAUUUUAUUUAACAAAAACAUUUAUACCAAGAAUGUUGGCAGAGAAUAGAGGAUUAAUAGUGAAUGUAAACUCACCGGUAUCAGUACAUCCUUGGCCAGGAUCGAUUGGAUAUGCAUGUGCAAGAUAUGCAAUGAAGGGAUUUUCAUGUGCUCUGAGAGAGGAGGUGAGAGGCACCAAUAUUAGAGUGAUGGAAGUGAUGGCAGGUGAAACAACCACCAAUUAUUUUGAAAACAAUGGUAUCGAUAAGAAUUCAUUCCCAUUAAUCUCUAGAUUCAUUCCACACGUACAACCAGAGAAAAUAGGAUCCGACACGGUCGAUGGAAUCAUUAACAAUCGGUCAAGUGUAUUGACACCCUUUUUCUUUGCCGUUUGUAUCACCUCUGUCAAAUACAUUCCAGAUUUUCGUGAGCGUUCUAUAUGUUCUCUUGGCACUGCAAAUAUAGUCUGUAGUGGACAAUGGAUUUAUGAAGUAGAUUAUGCAAAUGCAGGAUGUACAGGUGCUGUGAAUAGAGUGACAGCAUUCUAUGACGGUCAAUGUUACUUUGGUGGCGCCAAAUACUAUUGGUAUACAACGGCUAGUGGAAGUCCUACCUUGACUAUGAGUACAAGCGGUUGUUUUCAAGCAGUAUCCUCCUCGUAUCCAUACACAUUUGGUGUGUGUUCUGGAAGCAUGAUGGUAUUGUCACGUACCAUACCUCCACUCCCGGCAACAGGGUUCCUCGGGUUCGAAAGCACAGCACUACCCAACUUGGUUGCACCCGAUUGUCUAAACUACAAAAAUGUACGAUAUAUUGAAAGAGUUGGUGCAUGUGUCUUGUUGCCAUCGUUUAGAUUCGACGGUUUCUAUUCAAAGGCUUUUAUAACGACCACUAUUGGAUUUGGUAUCCAUUUCUCUAACUGUAACAAUGCUAUGAUUGGUACCAACUUUAAUAAUCCCAUGACUUGUUCAAGCUCGUAUGGUGAGUUUGUUUGGGGACAGAUAUUCCUAGUGAUGGGUGUAUCGUCGGUUACAGUCUCCAAUACACUCACCCAAGUCUCACUCACUACAUUCACGUCCGAUAUUAGUGGCUCCAUGUUUUACUACACUGCCGUGCUCAGCUGUCCCGCAGGCCAAUACACUAUGUCUCCCUCGAUCGACCCAGCCACGCCAACAGCCUCCCUCACCAUCCCCGAUGCAACCAGAGGUCAGAGUUGUGUCGUCCAAGUAUCAGCCAUUGGAGAUCAAGUUGUAUCAGGUGCUGCCAUAUCUGGUCAAUCUGCUGCUUUUACCAUUCCUCUUAUUGCGGCAAUGUCAUCAUUGACACCAGGAACUGUAACUACUAGUACUAUUUCAUUUAGUUAUACAACUAGUACUGGAGGUGUUUUUACAGUUAGUGUUGGUAGCAAUUACUAUCCAGAGUGCUCUGCUACAACUUCUUGUACUGCAACUGGAUUAGAUUCAAAUACACUUUAUACUGUCAGUGUCACUGUCACCAAUGCUGGUACAGUCUCUUCACCAUUGACUUAUUCUGCAACCACUAUCGAUGAUAUUACCAUGCCAUCCAUAACAGUCACCGACCGUACUAGUACAUCCAUCUCAGUAUCGUAUCCAGUAACAGGUGGUUAUGGAGCAACAACCUACCAACUCAGACUCAAUACAGUCGUCCAACCUUCAUGUACAACUUCAUCAUGCACACUCUCCGGCCUUGUCUAUGGUACUAUUUAUACAGUCUCUGUCACUGCAACCAAUGAUGGUUAUUCUGCAACUUCAUUAGAUUCAGUUACAAACUUUUGGACUUUACCAACGAUGGGAGCAGUAAAUAUAGUAAAUUAUGGAACUACAUGGGUAUCAUUUAGUUAUUCAUCAAAUAAUGGAAGAGUUCUAGGUGCCAAUACUUUUGCAAUUCGGGUCAAUGGUGUGUUGAGUACCAACACUACUUGUUCAUCAUCUACUAGUUGUUAUGUAGGUGGAUUGACAGCAGGUUCAACACCAUCGAUUAGUAUCCUAUCUACCAAUAAUGGAGAAACAUCAAUCACACCAGGUACAGCAAGUCAAAAACUUUACAACAGUGUCAACACUCUUACAGUGACACCAUCACUACAAACAAGUUCAUCAUUUUCAAUCUCUUAUUCAAGUUUAGAAGGUAUCCCAGGACAAACAACCUAUCUAGUUUUACUUGAUGAUGUUUCCUAUCCCAGUUGUCCAACCGUCCAAGGUGAUUGUUCAUUGUCGCCCCUUUCCCCUAAAACCUACAAUGCUACUGUCACUGCAACCAAUGAUGGUUUGGUACUCGUAAAAACAAUUAUGGUUCUUGUUACUACUCAUCCAUCAAUGAAUCCAAUUGAAGUAGGAGAAUAUGGUACAACUUGGGUUGAAUUUGAUUAUUCAUCUAUUGGUGGUACAGCUGGAGGUAAUUCAUAUACAAUUAAUGUUGCUGGAUCAGAUAUUACAACAGUAUCAUGUAAACAAGGUCCAUAUUGUAAAAUAGUUGGAUUGACUGCUGGAUCAUCAGUAGUUAUUUCAAUCUAUGUUACCAAUAAUGGAGAAGAUUCAAGUACUGUAUCAACAACUGUUACAUUGUACAAACCAACAUCACCACCAACCAUCACUCUAUCAAGAAUAUCAGCCACAACUCUUAACGUUUCAUGGGUCGAGAAUGAUGGUGUUCCAGGUCAAUCAUUAUUUGAUGUUUUAGUAAAUGGAACCAAUAUCUGCACUGAUAUUACUAUUACCAAUUGUCAAUAUAGUCCAGUUAGUGAUGGAUCAUAUUACAAUAUUACAACUAUUGUUAAAAAUGAUGGUUUUGUUUCAUCCACCUCAAUUACCUAUUUUACUUAUCCUCCAACAACACCAAUUAUUGUAACAGCAAUUGGAAAAAAUGAAUCAAUUUAUAUAAAUUGGACAGAAUCUAGUGGAGGUGUACCAGGUGAAACAAAAUACAACGUAUUCUUAUCUGUUGAUAAUGAUAAUUGGGCAAAUGUUUGUGUUUCUAGCAAUAUAAACUUUUCAUAUAAUACAUUCUAUUAUGUGAUGGUGACUGUUGAAAAUACAGACUUUGAACGAUUACAAGCAUUGGCCAACGCUACAACUCUACCUAUUAUCAGUAACAAUCCUUGUAGAUCAAACACAACAUCAACUGUAGAUUGUUCGGGUCAUGGAACUUGUCCAAACCAAGAAUGUCUUUGUACUGAUGGUUGGGAUGGUCAAUAUUGUGAGGUUCCAACAGGAGACGGUGGCGGUGGAGUGAUCAUUAUACCAAAACCAACAAACCCAGGUAUUGAUAUUGACAAGGAAGGUGUCAAAUAUUCAUUCACAAUCAACAAAGUAGUAGAACGUGAUUUGGAAAUGAAUGCAGUCAAGACUUUAGAUUUGACAUUACUCAAAUGGCAACCUAUCCAACAAGUCAAUGCUACUCUAGUACACCCAACCAACAAUGGCUCGGUGAUUAGACAUUCGUGGCAUACACAGCCAUCAACGUAA